AUGAAGUUCCUCACAUGCCUUCUUAUGCUGGCUACCUCUGCCAUCGCAGCUCCUAUCACCAACACCACCAAGGUGUCGAAGCAGUUCCACCUUAAGUCCAGCGGUGCCACCAACGCGAAUCACAACAACCUAUAUGUCUACUCCUACCACACGGGCGCCGGUCUCAGCGACGCCGUGCUCACCAGUGAUGUUAGCAUAGCCAGUCCUAUCUACCUGAAUGGGACGAACGCGGUCGUUGAUCUGAAGACUGAAUUUUCCUGGGGACUAAUCGCCACCGGCGACACCAACUAUGCCUCUUGGGAACCUAUCGUUAUCAACGCUGGCAGUGGCGGCAGCGCAGGCUACUCCAUCAAGGGCGAUGCCUUCCAAUGGUCGGAAAACAACGGCUUCGGUGGCUGGCUUGUCUGCGAUUGGUACCACAAUGCGCCCCAGUUGUUCUACUUGAACCGUUACUAUACUGCCACCAUUCCCUCCAGCUGCUCCAAGGUCCAGUUGACGACUGAGUAUAUCUAG